GCGGGAGGAAGGAGAGUUUACUGUUGUUCUUUUAAGCAGUCGUUUUGGCGAUUGGUCGAGUUGGGAUUUGAAUGCUUACUGUAUUUAUCAGUAAAUAUAAUUUGUACAGAGAUGUCGGACGACUUGAUGAAACAGUUGAGCAGCUACAAAGCCCAGCUGCAGCAAGUAGAAGUCGCUUUAUCUACUGAUCCAGAUAACGAAGACCUUCUUAAGCUCCAGAAAGACUUACAGGAAGUCAUUGAUUUGACAAAAGACCUCUUGACCUCACAGCCCAAUGAUGGUGCAUCCAGUACUAAUGGCUCUGACACAGUACCCCUGAAACACAGCUGGAAAAUUGGGGACAAGUGUAUGGCUGCAUGGAGUCAGGAUGGACAGGUGUAUGAGGCUGAGAUUGAGGAGAUAGACCAAGACAACGGCACUGCAGCCAUUACCUUCACUGGAUACGGGAAUGCUGAAGUGAUCCCUCUGCAGAACCUCAAAGCAGUAGAGAUGGGGAAGCGCUCUGCUGAAGAUGGGAGUGUGAAGCCCAAAUCAAAGAAAGAGCAGAUAGCAGAGCAGAGAGAGUAUAAGAAGAAGAAAGCCCAGAAGAAGAUACAGAGGAUGAAGGAGUUGGAGCAAGAGAGGGAGGAGCAAAAAUCAAAGUGGCAGCAGUUCAACAACAAAGCCUACUCAAAGAACAAGAAAGGACAGGUAAAGAGGAGCAUAUUUGCAUCUCCAGAAAGCGUAAAUGGAAAGGUGGGAGUGGGAACAUGUGGUAUCGCAGACAAACCUAUGACCCAGUACCACGACACAUCAAAAUACAAUGUCAGACAUCUAAUGCCACAAUGACCUAAUAUAUUCUGUACAUAAUAAUCCACUCUGUACUAGCUGUAUCAGUGCUCCCUGUUGUGUUUAUACAUGAUUUGUGUUUCUCAAGUAAAGAAAGCUUUGAAACGAAUAGCUUGCACACCAUUGUUUGAAAUAUUAAUGUUGUUUUCUUAUAUAUUAUGUAGGUACAACCAACCAUCCAAAUACAGGGCUUUUUCCUGCACUGGAACAGGCCCACCUUUUAUGUAGGAACAGGAAGUGGCAUUUUAGGAAAACUACAGAGUGUGCCAUUUGUGUCCAGGUUCCACUGAGGCUAAAUGCCUGCUAAGAUGUUUAUAAAUAUUCACCUGUAGAUUUGCUGUGUAAAUUUGAGGCUGAAUUUUGAACACUGACCAUUUCAUGGUGUCUUAACAUCAAUAAUGGUUUUGAUUUGAGAUGGCUCAAUUUACAUUUUAAUUUCUGUGUAUAUAACAGUGAAAUAAACAUUGCUUUGUUUUCAGUUUUUUAAA